UGCAGCCAAGUUUGAAUAAAUGACUUUUGAUUUUGAUUUUGAACUACUACAAAAAAAAAGAUAAAAUAUAAAACUGAAAAUUAUAUUCCUCGUAGGACACAAUUCAAAACUAAAAACACAACUCCCCCGUAGGACACAACACCACCCGUAGGACACAACUUCCCUCGUAAAACACAACUUCCCAUUUCCAAGGAACGUCAGGUAGGCGGCCGGAUGUAAAACUUAAGCCAACACAAUUGCAGUAUGUAAAGGUCUGAAUAGUAUACGAGUAUGAUGAACGCUAGAGCAAGAGCGUACCAAAAGGCGAAGUGCAGGAGCAGCACCCUGCUCCUGUGAAAUGGGCGAGAUGAGAAUGUUAUGUGGUGUCACCCUGCCUGUUACGCGAAUGGAUAGAGUGAGUACGCUUUAGUUAUAAGGUGACGCCCUUCUAUUGACGCUCUUUAUUAGGUUAUAGGUUAUUUAUGGAGAAUAUAGCAGAAGCUGUAGCAAGUGUAGUCUCACUAUACGACAUGUCAUCGACACGAAAGAAGAAGAAGAAAAAGAAGCAAAAGCUGUUUGGAAGUAGCAAUAAAUAAUUUUCUUUUCUCUACAGUAUCUCAAAUUCAUUGUGUAUUGUGGAUUUCAAACAGCCAGUUCGCCAUCUACUUAGGGAGGACGCCAUAUUGGAUUUGUAAUGACGUUGUUAUACAACAUUGUAUUGCCAGAACUCAGAGCGUGUGCAAAAUUUCAUCCUAAUCGAAGACCGAGAAGUAGAUGAAAUUAAGAUUUUACAUAAAUAGUUACAAUUGAAGCUUAAAAAGCAUUGACAUAUUUUAUAACUAUAGAAAAGAACAUCCAUACAAAUAAUUUGUGCGCAUACGUUAUCUGUAGGUGGACGUAUUGUGAUAGGUAUUCUUUAGUCCCGUGUUCAGAGAAAAAAAAAUAGUUUAUGGUUGGCUGUCACUCCCUGGUAAUGUCAGUGAAUGUCAAUGUCAUAAUGAUGACGUUUGUUUGUGUGGCGUUGUGUUGAUGUCGCGAGUGCUUGUCGCCUGGAAUUGUGUUUAUUUUGAAAAUAAAUCGUUUACUAAGCAGCUUGAUGAGUAUAUAAAAUGAGUGAAGCCCCGGCUGUUAAGAGCUGUUGUGUGACGAGGUGCCCGAACACUUCCGCGACCCCAAACGUGAAGUUUUUUGCGUUCCCUGAUGCUAGAUAUAAAUCGUACCACAGGAAAAGAUGGGUCCAGACUAUUCGCCGCAGAAACAACUCCAAGUGGUGGACGCCGGAGCCGCACAGCGUGGUGUGCAGCGAGCACUUCGUGUCGGGCCGGCCCAGCAGGACCUGCAAGCACCGGGACUACGUGCCCAGCGUGUUCGUCAGCCACUCCGACAAGAGCAAUGGAGACUUUGAGGUGCGGUCGGUGUCCAUGAAGCAGUUCGCGCUGGCGUACGUGGCGCAGGCGGCGCUGCUCGAGCCGCCCACGGGACACAACCUCAGGACGGUGAGUGCGCUGACAUAUUGUAUACUCACAAACAAACAGUCAUGUUGACAGGAACAUUAUCACUUAUUUUUAUUAUUGUCAUUGUAUGGGCAUGUAAUGAGGAGGGAUGAUACGCAUGCAACAAAGUGUGUGCUAAGUAUGAAUGUAGAUGGAUGGAGAGGAAGAGGAAGACCUAAGAACAGAUGGAUGGAUUGCUUGAAAGUUGACAUGAGUAGGAAGGGAGUGAAUAUCAGUAUGAUGAGUGACAGGGAUAAAUGGAAGCCGAAGACAUUGUGCCGACCCCAAAAAAAGUUGGGAACAGGGC